AUGUCACACGUGGACCGAAUUACUGGAAGAGUAACACCUCUUCCCUCACUCCCGGGUGCUGAGAUUGAAGCCGAGGUCAUUGCCAGAUUACAAUCCGCUAAUUUGGCCCUGACUGGAUCUGACGCAACGAAAGAAGCCAUUCUCUUUAACAUUCACCAAUAUGACAUCUUGCACCUAGCCACUCACGACUACUUUUCGGAGGAGUUCUCAACACUCUCAGAAAUAUCUGUUGCUAACGGAAAGUGCAUCUCUGUUGAAGGCUUCUCUGACGCAGGCAUGGAUCAUGAGCUCGUUGUUAUGAGCCCCUGUCACACUGGAGGAGUGUCUUAUGCCGGUGGUGGGAGUACCGCAGGAUUUGCUACAAGUCUGAUUGCUUCUGGCGUGAGAAAUGUGUUAGUCACUUUGUGGCCUAUCAAUGACAACAUUACAGUCAUUUUUAUGAGACGCUUCUAUGAAAGCCUCGCAUCGGGUCAGUCACUGAGAGAAGCCUUGAAGGCAGCUCAGUCAGCUAUGUUUCAGGCGCUUCCGCGGGCAGUCGAGAUAGAGUUGGCCGAAAUAAGGGAUUUACUUGGGAAUGGCGAAAAGCAGGAUACUGAGAGAAUCAUAGCACCGCUUGGAGGCAAAAAGGGUCAUCUGAACUAUUCUCAGCCGACAUAUUGGGCGGCUUUCGUUCUGAUGGGGGCUGACUUGAACGUUUCUGAGAGCCCCGAGGAGCACCAUCCAGAGUCGGGUAGCAACACAGAACACCGGCAUAGACCUGUGUAUUAUAGAGGUGGUCCAAGGAUUAUAGGUGUGCAGUGGAGUUAG